AUGGCUACCCUCGACGCCCUGAAGUUGGCUCUCAGGCGCCAGCUCAAGGCCCCGGCUUCGCCCGAGCAUCAUCCCCUGUCCGAAGAGCAAUACAGCGCCGGCUUUGACAUCCUGGCGCAGGAGACAAGCUACGAGGACUUCGUCAUCCCCACCCUCUCCCAGCUGCUGGCGCCUCUGUUCGACUCCCGGAUCCGUGUCUCGGUACUGGAGAUCGGACCGGGCCCGAAGACAGUGCUGGGACACCUGCCCGACCACAUGAGGAAGAAGAUCAUCAAGUACACCGCCUUCGAGCCCAACAGCUUGUUCGCUACGCGCCUGGAAAAAUGGCUGUGCCCCGAGCCCCCGGCCGACCCUCCGUUCUCUUGUCUGCACAACCCACCCGCGAUCCACCGGACCCCGUUCACCGCGGACAUGGCCGACACCUUUACAAACGACAGCGGCGACUCCCCAAGAUUCGACCUCGUCCUCUUCUGCCACAGCAUGUACGGCCUGCACCCCAAGCCCGCCGUCCUCCGCCGCGCCCUGUCCCUGCUCCACGAUGAUGAUCACCACCACCACCACCCUUCUUCCCCGCCCCCCCUGGCGGUGGUCAUCCACCGCGCAGGCCUCUUCUCCCACCUGUACACCGGCGGCGGAGACGGCCUAGUAGCCCAGCACACGGCGACCUUCCUGGCAGGCGUCGUGCGCGUGGCCGACGCCGACGAGCCGCUCGACCGCUUCGCCGCGUUCGUCGCCGGCUGCGCCGCGCCGGACUCCGAUACCCUCAUGAAGUGGCGCGCCGUGUGCCGCGCGCUGGGCCGUCGCGAGGGUGUUGCCCAGGUUAAGCUGGUAUUUGCCGCGCCGACGGUGAUGGCGGCGUUCGCGCCGCACGCGGCGACCGCGCUCGCCGCGCUCGCGGCUGCUGAGGUCCCGCUGCUACUGCCGUCGCUGAGAGAGAGUGGGAGCGGGGAUGCAGACGGGGGGCAGGGCAGGGCGGUCAAGAACGUGGAGGCGCGAGCGCGGCGGCCCGCGGCGAUCGCGCGGCCGACCGCGGUCGCGCACGUGCAGGCGUGUGUGCGGUGGGCGCUGCGCUGCGGCGUCGGGCUGACCGUCGUUGGCGGGGGCCAUGGCGGGCAGUGUCUCUGGUCGGGCGUGGUCGGCGUGGAUAUGGCGGCGUUUGACCGGGUGCAUGUCCUUCCGGCUGGGUAUUGUGGUGGUGAGGGCCAGGAUUCCGGCCCGCUCGUGGUCGCCGGCGCUGGAUGCACGACUGGCCACAUCAUCCGCAGUGCCAUGGCGGCGGGCCUGACUGUGCCCCUUGGGGCGCGCCCGAGCGUGGGCGCCGGGCUGUGGCUGCAGGGCGGGAUCGGGCAUCUGGCCAGGCUCCACGGGCUCGCGUGCGAUGCUGUUGUCGGCGCCGUGGUGGUGAGCGUGGCUUCCGGCGAGGUUGUCGUCGUCGGCUGUGUGCCGAGCGAGUACUGGCCGGCCGGGGCGGUGCGCGUCAGCGGGAGCGAGAGCGAUCUGUUGUGGGCAAUCAGGGGGGCAGGCACCAAUUUUGGCAUCGUCAUCAGCGUGACGUUCAAGGCCUAUGCGGCCCCGACCUACUCGGUGCGGAACUGGGUAGUCCCUCUGAGCGACCGGCACGAGGCGCGGCGCAACCUCGCCGACUUUGACAGAUUGGUGGCUGGACAACUGCCCCGACGCUGUUCUGCUGAUGCAUAUUUGUACUGGGAAGAUGGGAACCUGCGUCUCGGCGUAACUAUGUUCGAGGUUUCCACGGCCGGAACCGGCUGUGAGACACACGGCUGUACACCUCCGCCCGAGCUCGAGAGCGUCGCUGCAAUUUUGGGACCGCAAACAAGCUCCCAGAAAUUGGACUCCGUCGGCGUGUUUGACGCUGAGAUGUACAUAUCCGGGAUACACGGUGGGCACGGCAGCGGCAAGACGUCCUCCUUCAAGCGGUGUCUGUUCCUGCAGCACAUCGGAGAUGCCAGCAUCGCCGACAUCCUAGCAGCGGCUAUGGAGUCGCGCCCUACACCGCUAUGCUACAUCCACCUGCUCCAGGGCGGCGGAGCAGUCAGCGACGUACCGGCGGGCGCCACCCCGUUUGGCUGCCGAGACUGGGACUUCGCCUGCGUGGUGACGGGCGUCUGGCCGCGCGAGCAGGACGGCGCCGAGGCCGCCCGCGCCGCCGUGGCCUGGGUCUACAAGGUGGCCGGGGAGCUGCUGCCGCUGAGCCGCGGAGCGUACGGCGCCGACCUCGGGCCGGACCCCCGCGACGCCGCGCUGGCCGCCAGGGCGUUCGGGCCGAACCUGCAGCGCCUAGCUCGUCUCAAACGCCUCUGGGACCCGCAGAACGUUUUGCGCUACGCCUGCCCGCUGCCCAGGGCGCCGAUGGAGCCCAGGCUCAUCGUCCUCGUCACGGGCGAGAGCGGCGCCGGAAAGGACUACUCCGCCGCCGUCUGGGUCUCGUGGCUCACCAGGAGGGGCUAUGAGGCCCGCGCCGUCAGCAUCAGCGAAGCGACCAAGCGCGCGUACGCGGCGGCCACCGGCGCGGACGUGGACCGGCUGUUGCGGGACCGCGCCUACAAGGAACAGCACCGGUCGGCGUUGACGGCUUUUUUCCAGGACCAGGUGCGGCAGCGGCCCCGGCUGCCAGAGGAGCAUUUCCUCGAGGUGGUGGACGGCGCCGCGGGCGUGGAGGUGCUGUUCAUCACAGGCAUGAGGGACGAGGCGCCGGUGGCGACCUUCUCACGCCUGGUGCCGCAGAGCAGACUGCUCGAGGUCUACGUCAAGGCCAGGGACAACACGCGGCGAGCGCGCGGGGCACAGGGCUGCAGCAGCGAGCCGGACCCAGCACGAUCGAACCGCCACCGCCCCGGCCUCGUCUUCGACAACGACGCCGCCGGAGACGAGGCGGCCAGGGCGUUUGCCGAGCACCGCCUGCUGCCCUUCCUCGACGAGGACCUGCAGCGGCUGGCGGCCAUGGUGCGCCCGGUGCCAGGCUUUCCUCGCCAGGGCAUCCAGUUCCGCCACGUGCUCGGCAUCGCGCAGCAGCCGGGCGGGCUGGCGCUGUGCGCGGCCCUGCUGGAGCGGCACUUCACCGGCCGAUGGGCCGCGGUCGACGCGGUGGCGUGCUGCGAGGCCGGCGGGUUUGUCUUCGCGUCCGCGCUGGCCGCGCGCGUCGGCGUCCCGCUGGCGCUGAUCCGCGACGCCGGCAAGCUGCCCCCUCCCACCGUGUCGGUCGCCAAGUCGCCGUCGCAUAUCUCGUCUUCGGCGUCCGGCCACGGCGACUCGGAGGCAAGGAUCGAGUUGGAGAGGGAUGCGGUCCCCAGAGGCGCGACCGUGCUGGUUCUGGAUGACGUCCUCGCCACGGGGCGGACGCUCUGCGCGGUCCUGCGGCUGCUGGGUGAAGCUGGUGUCCCCCCCGAGAAGGUGAGCGUCAUGGUCGUGGCUGAGUUCCCUGUUCACGGUGGCCGGGAGCUGCUGCGCCAGCAUGGCUUCGGCGACGUCAGUGUUCAGAGCCUUCUGGUCUUUGGCGGUGCUUAG